AUGACUCCGGAACGAAAAUUCGCCAUUCCAAAGGGCUCAACAGUCCUGGUGACGGGUGCGAACGGCUUCAUCGGCUCCCACGUCUGCAAGGAACUGCUGCAGCUGGGGUUCAACGUCCGCGGAACAGUUCGCGACGUUUCGAAAUGCGCCUGGCUCCCAGAGGCGCUGACGAGACAGAGACCAAAGGGCGACUUCAUGUUGGUUUCAUUGCCGGACAUGGAGAAGGAGGGCGCUUUUGACGCUGCGGUUGAGGGCGUCUCUGCUGUGAUCCAUACUGCUUCCCCGGUGUCUUUUAGCCCAAAUCCCGAGAGCGUCAUUCCUCGCAGCAUCACUGUGGCUCUGAAUGCUCUGAAGGCCGCCAACAAAGCGGCGAGUGUGAAGCGGUUCAUCUUCACCAGCUCUUCCGUUGCUGCAGCCCUCCCUCGACCCGGGAAGAAGGGAAUCGAGGUGAACUCCGACAGUUGGAAUACUGAGUCGGUGGAGAUAGCAUGGAGAGAGGCUCCGUACCACCCUCAGCGAGCGUGGCAUAUAUAUGCCGCUAGUAAGGUAGAAGCUGAGAUGGCAGUGUGGAAGUUUUAUCACGAGAAUAUUCGGCGUCGCUAUGACUUGAUAGUCAGCAGUGGUAAGCAACCUGCAGUUCUAUGGAUACUUGGAUUGUGCAAUGAAGCUGAUUGGGUGUUAGUGCUUCCCGGAACCAACUUUGGAAGAGCUCUGGAUGCGGCCAAUCAGGGCCAUUCGUCAACCUCGUCCUUCAUCGAGAGUCUAUGGAACGGAACGCACGUGGACCGUCUAGCAAGCAUUCCACCACAGUAUUUCGUCGAUGUGGAAGACAACGCUCGACUUCACGUGGCUGCUGCAGUGCUCCCAAACGUCCGCAGCGAGAGAAUUUUUGCUUGGGCUGAGCCCUUCAACUUUGAUACCGUCCUUGACAUUUUGCGCACGCACUUCCCGGAGAAGAACUUCGUGGAUAACUUCCAUCACUACCGCGAGCUUUCUGUUGUUUCACAACCCCAAUCGCGGGCGGUUGAGCUGCUGAGGCAACUCGGAAGAGAAGGCUUUGUUCCUUUGAAGCAGAGCGUUCUUCUCAACGUUGAAGAUCUAUCAUGA